AUGAGUCAGGGUCUAGGAACUCCAGUGGCUUUGGAAACGUUUUGCAAAGUAUUAGAAACACUGAGUGAACGACCAGUAAAUGGAAUUGUAAUGUUGAAUUGGUCUCGUUCGGACAUAUUAUCUCUGGUGUUGAACGUAAUGUCACUUCUUUUUAUUUCAUCUUCGGUUGCUUCACGCCAAUAUUCUUCAAGUUACUCAUGGUUGUCGAUUGCUGGGGAUUUUGUAUUUGUUCUACUAACAAGUUGCCUUUUAUUCUUAACGUUCUUUAUACGGUAUAAAAGGAUAAAUUCAUCUUCUACAAAAUUCAAGACAUUCCUAAAGACCUCUGUUACUUACCUUAAAAAUAUGGAUCCAAAUACUCUUUCUUAUUCGUCAUGUUUAGAUGGAUUCGCUAGCCAGAUGGUUGGUCUGGAUACUCACCUUACUAUCCGGGAUGGGAAAAUAGUAAUUUUGCCCGCUGUUUUACUUGUCCCAGGUGACGUCAUCAUAAUUAAACCAGGUCAGACUAUCUUUGCUUUCUGCAAACAAAUAAGCGAGGAAAAGAGUGGCAUUUACUUUCCAGGUGAUAUUUUUGUUCCACGCAAAUUCAGUUGUAGCUUGAAUCCUACCUCGCUUGCAUCCGUUCAAAAAUCAGAUGAGUCUAUAUUAGCUGUUGUCAUGCGUUCUCCCUUGGCUUCUUACAUCGAAAUUGCGUGUAAUUCAAAUGAUGAAAAUGGUCGUACAUUUCAACCGCUUGCUCAUAAAGUUUUGCACACUGCAGUUUGGAUUUCUUUGAUAAUCAAGUAUUCUAUCACUUUCAUUUUCCUAAUUUCAAUAUUUCUCGCUGCACUUCCUAUUGGCGAUCACAGCCAUCAGUUUUAUCGUUUACUAGUCUGGUUUACCCAUACUCUUGGUGUAGUUGUUUCUCCGUUAAGCUUUCCACUGUAUUUCAUAUGGAUGGUUGCUACUUCUGUUGUCACACUUCGUUUCCAGCAUGUCCUUUCUGAAACACAGGAUCAUUUUAAAUUUACUGGUAGUGAUGACUUCAAUUAUCCCUCGCUUGUAUCUCGUCGACCUAACGCUUCUGAACUUCGCAGGUCAAUUACGUUAACGUUAUACUCGCUCAUCUCCAAUCUUCGUUCCUUUGGGUUUAUGUUUUACUUUCAGACUAAUGUAGAUUCGGAAAAUAUUUUACUUACUUUGGGGACACUAAGUUCCGUCUGUUGUAUCAACCAAGAAGGUGUUAUAAGCCAGUCGUUACCAACCCCAGAGAAAAUGUUUUUCUUCCACAAACGCCACCACAAUCAUCACCACCAAGGGAAUCCUAAUGCAAACAAGUCUCAAAAUGUUGUCUGUAAAUCAAGCUCAAGAAUAGAAGAACGUUUAGACCAUCAGAAAUCCGAAUCAGGUCAGCUGAACACAUCAGUAUUUCUUCACACAAUAGAACAAUGUACCAAACUGGAUCAACGAGAAUCUUUCAAAACUCAAAGUUCUACCCUAAGCCGGGUACCUACUAACAGUGAUCCUAAUGAGACACAUGCUUUUCAACGAAGUGUAAUGUUUCCACUGGACAGUUGUAUUGCACCGGUGGUUUUAGAUUUACGAACCGAUUUCUGUUAUCCUUUCUUAUCGUGUUUCGAGAAGCCACGUUGGGACCGUUUUCUUUCAUCUCUUAAACCGAUCGGUCUGUCAAUUCUAAUCAAUAAUUGCCACUGUUCUAUUGGGAAACAGCGAAUCAGCUUUUUUGAAAGAGUAAAUGCAACUCAAAAGUAUUUCAAUUCAUCAUCGUGUAUUACUGCACUACCACUUACUUUCUGUCUGUGUGGUCUUGCUGGUCAGAUAGGAUUUCGUGAUGGAGCUUUGAAUGGUUUUGUUACUCAUGGAUGCUUGGGUGCUUAUUCCGUAUGCUCACCUGCAUAUUCUUCUAACUCUAACGUUGAUGAUGUGAACAACAAAUUACUUUCAGAAGAAAUCCUUUCAACGAAAGAAAAUACAAAUAACGAUCGAACUCAUUUGGCAUAUUGCUUUAGCUCUGUCUUCUCAGACCCAAACAUGCAGGGCGGUUAUCAGCUGUUGUCUCAAGGUACUGGUGAAAUUCUUGCUAGUUUGUGUUCUGAUGUUUGGGAUGGGCGGGACAUCGUACCACUAUCAGAGAGAGAACGUGAACUAAUCUUGGGAUUUCACAAUCGGCAUCUGUCAUCUGCAUACUGUAUUGGAUUCGCUUAUUCUCCGUUGGUUGAUAAAAUUGAGGAAUCUUACAAACUGUUGUUGGGUAAUCUUUCCAGUUCGUCAGAUAUCUUCGUGCUUCGUUUACCAGUACUUGAUGAUAGUUCACCAGCAAUACAGCGAAAGGUAUUGAAACACGUAGUUUGUAGUCGUUCGUUUUCAAAUCGUUCUCCACUACUACAUGUCAUGGACAACAACAGUACCAACAACAGCAGUACCAAUAAUAACAGGAUUUCUCAUUAUAGUGAUAUUUCUAUAGAAUCCGGAGAUAAUUCGAAAUUCAAAAGAGUACCACGUGGUUGUCGACUAAAUUUUAUAAAGAAUAUGAAAGGCUUCAGUUUUCAUUCAUUCUCUAAAUUUUUGCGGCAAACCGAUCGACAAAAACACGGGUGUAAUAAGGAGAAAGAAAGGUAUUCAAAUGAUAAACUUCUUAAACGUUUACUGAAUAAGAGAAGUGAUAGGUUCUCUAAAAAACGUGGAAUUGGUCCUCAUCGAGUCAGUAAUGAUUUUGGUGAAUAUGAUACUAACUGUUUGGUUUUGAAUGAAUUUCCAAAUGCGAAUUGUGUUUCAGAAACUGUUAAUCAUCGCGAAAGUAAUAAUGACAACUUGGAUCGUGAUGAAAAGACUAAUGUACUUAUUGAUCAGAAAGAAGUGGAAAAUUUAUUGAGUAAUCAAAUAUUUUUAGGUUUGGUAAGUAUGCAAUAUCAAGCAAAUCCUCAAGUUGUGAAGUCCAUCAAACAACUUCACCAAGCUUGUAUACGAUUCGUGCAUUUUUCUCGAGAAAAUGAACUUCGAAGUAGAGUGUUUGCUGAACGUUUGGGCUUAGAAUGCGGUUGGAAUUGUCAUAUAUCGCUUAAAAGUCCUAAUUCUGUCAAUAAUCGCAAAUCCGUUGAUCUGCCUGAGGAAUUACGUAAAAGUAAUAAAUUUUCCGUUGGUACUAAUUUGUUCGUCACUGAAGAAAAAUACUUUGUUGGUCCUCAUCAGACUAAACGAUGGUCAAGUUCUCCGGCACUAACAACGUCUUAUCCUUCAGUCCUUCAAUCUGAUCCAUCGCCUAAGUAUUUCUUAGAAACCUAUUGCAAAUCACUCCCUUUACGUCCGAAUUUCCAACAAAUAGACUCUAGUUUUCAAUCUUCAUGCUCUCCUGAUCAUAAUAACAGUAAUUUCACUCAUGCUAUAUCUACCAGUUACCUGCAGCAAAUUCGUUCAAAUGAAAUUGGUGCAAAAGAAUCAUUUGGUCUUUAUCACUUGUCCUCAUCAACUACUUCAGCUAGUUCUGUAUCACUCUCGGUAGAUGAACAAAGUGAUAAUUCUGAAGAAAUAAAAAUCUCCGAAUUAUUAGUCGGAAACAAGUCCCGACUUCCAUGUGGAAUCGAUAGCAUACGCCCACAUUUAGAAAAUGUCGAUAACGUCCCAUUACAAGUAUCGCUGUUUACUGAUUGUACCCCCAAAGCCAUAAAUGAAAUGAUUAAAAUAUUGAAAGAGUAUGGCGACACUGUUUGCUUAAUUGGAAGUUGCUAUUCAUUGACUAAUUAUGCCUUGUUUCAACAAAGUGAUGUAGCCAUUGCUGUGAGACCUAUUCUGCCUCAUUCAAAUUGUCAAUUUGCUAAUACUAAAUUAAAUGUUUCGAAUCAGUCUAUUGAUCUACCAACAAGUGAUUUCCAGUCAGAAGAAUUUAGUUGUUCUAAAAGUAAAUUAACUUCUACUCAUCAAAAAAAUGAUACUACUAAUGUCAAUACAUUUGACAUUGCUGCACAUCUUAUACACUUAGUUACACCUUGUCUAUUGGAUAUAGAGAAACGAGGAUUUCAUGUCUACGAUCUUAUUGUCGAAGCUCACGCCGGUGUUAAUAACCUCUAUCAUUGUUUGGUAUUCAGUUCAACAACUCCAUUAGCAGUUGGUUUGCUACAAUUACUGUUAUUAAUAAUUGGAUUACCUACACGACCUGUUAUUUUGCUAGAUAUGCGGUCAAAUCUUCAACAAGGUCAAUUAAUUUGGUUGCCUGUGGAACCAUUUCGAUCAGUUAUUUUUGGUUCAAGUGAAAUUUUUAAUAAUUUAAGCAAAUCUGAUCAGCACACCAACUUUAAUUUGUUAAAUUAUAGUUCGGAUUGGAAUUUCGAACCAAGUUUUAGUAUUGGUCAGUUAUUCUGGCUACUUUUCAUCGUCAUUCCGGCCUUAUCGUUAUCUUUGAUCGAUAGGCAAGUUGAACGAAAUCAACCGUUACGUGAACCACCGAUUAAACGUAAUAAACUGUUUACUAGAAAGAGAUGCGUACGCUUUACUUUAGUGACUUGUUCUCGUUUCAUACCGUCACUAUUAAUUUGUGUAUUCUGUGAAGUUGGCCAUUUUGUUUGGACUCAGCAGCUUGGAGAUUGUCAUCAAUCAUUUCGCAAUAUUUAUGAAAAUAAGUUUAUUGAAACAAGUUCCCUGAAUAACACUCCUAAUGUAUAUAAUAAAACGUUAUCAUCCUCAUCUUAUGCUCUUCAAGAAUUAUGUCUAUCUAAAUUGUCUAUAUUAAUAUACAAUCUAAAGGAUUUAAUUUUCUACCAGUUAAUCAUGUACUUAAUUGUUAUAUCAUUUUCUUAUGCCAAUUACGGUCAAAGAGUAUGGGAAUUUCGAUUUUCGACAAAUCCUUCUUGGUGUAUAGUUUCUAGUCUUAUAUUCAUUUUGCAUUCAGUUUAUGUGAUCAUUCGUUUGUGUGUCGUUGAUUCCUCUAUAAAAUUAACAGGUUGGCACAUUUUAUCUCCAAUCAUAUCUGCAUUUAGUUUUAUAUGGUGCAUUUUGCUAGUGUUUAUUAAUGACUUCAUAUCAUGGAGAGAAAGUCGAGCUAUUCUGACGGAGCAUCGCCUCUCUAGACUUUACUUCAAUACAAAAUUGGGUAUGUAUUCGCCCGUUUGAUUUUACUGAAUUCUGAUCAUUUCUGGGGAAAAAAUUUAAUGAUUUCCUUUCCUGCUUCACUGUUUCGCUAAUAAACUAAUGAUUCAUAAUUCAGAUUUUGACUCUUAGAUUGUGAACAACACGCCAAAAAUCUUAGUGGUAUAUUUAAAAUUCACUAACUAUUAUUUCUAAACAACAAAGUAUUAAGU